CGCUGCACCGUCGCGCCGUACGCCCGCCCGAACGCUGCGGCAGCUACGAAUCGACAGGAGACCAACCAUGGCCGCGGCCGCCGACGCCGAGCGCCUCUGGAGCGACUUGGAUGCGCACGAACGAGAACUGCGGCGGGAGGGCUACCAACUGCGCGAGAUCUGGCACAAGACCACGGAGCUCCACGCCGAGAACGAGAAGGCGCGGAGCGAACUCGAGGGCAAAGCCCGACAGAACUUCGUGGCGCCGGACACGCGCAUUAACCUGAACGUCGGCGGGCAGAUCUUCGAGACGACGGCGGGAAUUCUCUGCAAGGACCGGUGGAGCGUGCUGGCUGCUUUAUGUGACAGGGACGAACCCAUCAUCGCUCCCGACGACGACGGGACCUUCUUCCUGGACCGGGACUGGUGGAUCUUCCGGCACAUCCUGAACUGGCUGCGGACGGACGCGCUGCCGCAGGACCCGAUGGUGCUCCUGGAGAUGUACAACGAGGCCAUGUUCUACCGCGUCGAGGGCCUGUGUCGGGCGAUCAAGGCGCUCCCCCAGCCCGACUGCCGCUUCAAGGCCGCGAGGAACUAAGUUUCGUUUUC